UUAGUCAUACCAAACUUUAAAUAACACACAACAACAACAACAAGACGUGCCUCCCUCCAUAUUUAUAGUGCCUUACACAAACAAAACCCCCUUUAAUUUAAUUCCCUUUAUCUAUUUUAGAUUAACAAAAAAAAUUCCCCCCUUCAUUUUUCUCUUAAUUUGAACGUACGGAGUUGAAAAAAAAAUGCAACAAAUUACGAAUAUGUCUUGGGGUGUUAACGAAUCAUAUCGUCCUCUUCCUUCUCUUUACUUAACUCUUUCUUCCAUUUGGUUCUUUUCUUGUAUUUCUUGGGCUUUUCUCACAUGGCGAAACCGCCAUCUUCAGACUAAUAAUCUGCAAUGGACUUUGGCAUCAGUUCCAUUUAUUAAAACAUUGCAGCUUAUGCUAUCAUUCCUCUUUUGGUAUUCUUGCUUCUAUUCCCAAAUAUGCUCUCUAUGGAUGUCCUUUGGGGUAUAUGUAACAGGAGUCCUCUUUCAAACAGCUUCAUUUGUGUCCUUCCUUCUCAUUGCUCAUGGUUACUGCAUCCUUUGCGAGCAUCUCUCAGUCUAUGAACGCCGAACUACAGCUGCACUCGGCUGCAUAUUCUACCUUACCCUUGUUGGUUACAGAGCUUCUGUUCCAUAUUUCACUGCACUUUUGCUGCUCAACUACUUCAUUUCAUUCUCUGUGAUCUUCCACCACAUAUCUCAGAACUUGUUAUUUCUGAGGGAACAACUUAGUGUUAUUGAAGAUGAUGAUGUUCGUGCUAUGCAUGAUGCAGUGCGAUCUAAAUAUGUCAUGUUCAAGAAAUUUCGGGUGGCAAUGCAGCUGGUAGCUUUAGCAGAAGCAGCGAUAUACAUAAAUGUUGAUGAUUCUCCAGAGACUUACUGGAUCAGGUUAUUGGUUCGAGAAUGGGCACAAUAUUGCAUAUUCUUAUACAUAGGGUGGACAUUCCGAUCACAAGAUUUAGCUCCGCGCUUCUCUGUUAUACCAUCAGAAAAGUCUCAAGGAGGAGUAAUGGUUCCUCCAAUUUUUACCGUUGUGAUGGAUGCUGCUGAUUAUAAAGAUUUUAGCUGUCAAAAAUGGCACAUUGGGGUGGCAACUUCUCUCCCCAAAGGAAGAAGCUUGAAGAAAUCCUCCGUAGUUAUAGUUCAACAACCGAAGUCUUAGAGCCAAACUUUUAACCCAGAUUGUACAAGAAAAGAUGAGUUCUUCUGAAUUUUUUUUUCGAAGACAAAUUUAACAUUCAAAUUCAUCAACGUAGAGCUACUGAUCCUUUCGCGGAAGGAGUGCAAAAAUGGCACAUCUGAACAACAUUACAAACUAAAUAUCAUACAUUUUAUUCACUUUUGUUUUGUAUAGAUUAUAUAUAGUACAGUGUAAGAAUAGGAAUAUCAAGUCAUACAAACUUUAGUCAGGUUUGGAAAUCAAGAAAAAAAAAUUGUUGAUUUUAAGGAGGUAGAAGAUAUGAUCAUGUAGCCAAUUUUGUUCAAGUAUCUGAAAUUUGGAUAUUGUUCAUAAAUAAAAGUGUAAUAAUUUUUUUAAAUCCCCUGAAACAUAAGGGUUUCACUUGGAUGUUUUGUUUAGAAAUGAAAUGUUUCAUUUUGUUCCUAUCAAUGUGGUUUUACUUUGUACUUGUUUGGAUUGUUGAUUAGAAAUGGUAUGGGGUGGAACUUAGCACCUCCAUGGCUAGGGUUGCGGAAAGAGUAGACUGGAUUAACAAGGACAUGAUUUUUUCGGCCGUAUUUUAAUAAUAUUUUUUUGAACUUUGGGUAUUAUAUGGUCUAACUAGCACUCGUUCUGGUACUUUAACGAACAUAUCAUGGCUUCCUUUCUUAAGGGGAGUCUUUAGAGUGCAAAAAGCAAGAACUUUCGACUCAACCAUUUUGAGAACCACUUUCAUGGCCGAUUAUUUUCAGAAUGGAUUAAUGCUAGUGGGCUCUCCUAUUUCAAUUCUCUCUGUUUUAGUGAAAAGGGGAAUUGGUUGAGCGAGAAUAUAGUUUUCUAUUGAAAUGAUGACUUCUGGCCGGACGAAUGAGAAAUUGUCAAUGGUUGGAGAGAUAUCUCCGAAUAUAAUUCUUAGACGUUCAGCUAGCUUUUAGAAUAAGUGGAGUAAUCGAUUGCUACUAGCACAUAUUCAAAAGACCCAACGCUUAAUGAAAGCUUAGAGUUAUACAGUACCAACCAUAAAAAAUCAAAAGACCCAACACUUAAUGAAAGUUUAGCCAAAGUAACCUUGGUUGGUCUAGUGGAUAGGUAUUCAUUCCAACCUUGAGGAUAGGUUCAGUCUCUACUAUAGAUAGCCGGGCGUUAAAGGUCGGGCCGAACUGAGGCCCGACCGGCACGAAAAAAUCCCUGCCCGGCUCGGACACGAAAAAAGCGCGGCCUGGCACGAACACGAAAUCGUGGGCCGAUUUUUUUAGGAAAAAGCACGACAAAGCACGCUAAAUUUAAUACAAUUAGGCAUAGACACGACGGGCCAAUCCGACACGAAAGCCCGUGGAUCUGGGCUCUGUUUUGAACUUUUCAGCUCGGCCCGACCCACAACCAUUUUUAGACAGCCCGCUAGGGGGAAAAAAAAAGUUGAAUAAAAGUCUAAAAUCAUAAAACAACCGUGGCAUGGGAUACAAUACAAUUAUACAAGUCAUAACUUUACAAGUAUACAACAACCAAAGAACCAAAUUAAAGAGGGAAGAACAAGUAUACAACCUAAGUAAGUACCCAAAUCACAAACACCUUAAUCUCUUCAUCGAUUCUUUUCUCUUCGAUCGCCUGAAUAAUUUCAAGCUCAAUCUCUACAAUUCGAGCACCAAUUUGAUUACAUAAGGGACGCGUUUCAGCCAAUUGCAGAACAAGAUAACAAAAUGAGUGCUGAAAGAAUAUAGGAACCCAAGCUUGUGAUGCUGCACAACAAAUAUGAGAUUAAUUCUUCUUCGGCCUACUCAGCUGUGAGCCUGUGAUCACUUCCAUAUUUUAAAGAAUGGUCAAUGAUGAUUAAACACAGAGCUACAAAGAAGAAAACUGUACCUUCAGAAUCUACAUAAUCAGUUUGGUUCAUCAGAAUUUACGGCUUCCUAUUUUCUUGAUCUGAUAUUUUGUUGUGCACUGUAACAAACACUGAUAUGAGAUAUAACAACAAUCUUAAUGGAUUUCAAUAGUAUUAUCUAGUGGUGCGUUUGGUGGGUCAAGAGGUUCAAGACCAGUGCCUCCAGAAAAAGGAGUCUUCCCUCUGGAUCAUAUGCAUGAAUGCGACUUGG